AUGAGGAUUGCAGAUGCUACUGGAUUUAUAUCCUCAUGUUUCCCUUGCAUGGAAUUUCCUGCUGUCAAAGAGGACCAUGUUUGCAUUGUAACUGGCUAUUGUGAAGGGGGUGACAUGACCGAGUGCAUUAAGAAAGCUCACAGAUCGUUUUUUCUAGAGGAGUGGCUAACUCAACUGUUGAUAGCGGUAGACUACUUGCAUUCUAACCGUGUAAUCCACCGAGAUCUUAAGUAUUCCAACAUAUUCCUCACCAACGACAACAAUAUUCGGCUAGGUUUUAUGUAUUGUGAUGCUUGA